CUCGCACUCCAGCUUGGUGUUCAGCGUGGUUCAGACGCUCCAAUCCUUUCAUCCAGCUUCUUUUGUUUUUGGUUCGCGCGGACGCCACGAACACUAAGCAGCCAUGGAUGCCAUCAAGAAGAAGAUGCAGAUGCUGAAGCUCGACAAGGAGAAUGCCUUGGACAGAGCUGAGCAGGCCGAGUCAGACAAGAAGGCAUCUGAGGACAGGAGCAAACAGCUUGAGGAUGACUUGGUAGCACUGCAGAAGAAGCUGAAGGCAACUGAGGAUGAGUUGGACAAGUACUCUGAAGCCCUGAAGGAUGCCCAGGAGAAACUGGAGCUCGCUGAGAAGAAAGCCACAGAUGCUGAGGGUGAUGUAGCAUCACUGAACAGACGUAUCCAGCUGGUUGAGGAGGAGUUGGACCGUGCUCAGGAGCGUCUGGCCACAGCCCUGACCAAGCUGGAGGAGGCUGAGAAGGCUGCUGAUGAGAGUGAGAGAGGCAUGAAGGUCAUUGAGAACAGGGCAAUGAAGGACGAGGAGAAGAUGGAGCUGCAGGAGAUCCAGCUGAAGGAGGCCAAACACAUUGCUGAGGAGGCUGACCGAAAAUACGAGGAGGUGGCCCGUAAGCUGGUGAUCAUUGAGAGCGACUUGGAACGUACAGAGGAGCGUGCUGAGCUGUCUGAGAGCAAAUGCUCUGAGCUUGAGGAGGAGCUGAAAACCGUGCAGAACAACCUGAAGUCUCUGGAGGCUCAGGCAGAGAAGUACUCGCAGAAGGAGGACAAGUACGAGGAGGAGAUCAAGGUUCUCACAGACAAGCUGAAGGAGGCUGAGACCCGUGCUGAGUUCGCUGAAAGAUCAGUCGCCAAGCUUGAGAAGACCAUUGAUGACCUUGAAGACCAUCUAUACAAACAGCUUGAGAAAAACCGUCUUCUGACCAAUGAACUGAGAGUAGCCUUAAACGAGGCCUAAACUGGAAUGGGCUCUUGUAUGCUUUAAUUUUUCUGAAAUUCAAAAUGUCCAGGCAUAUUGUCUUUUGCUGUUAUAUAAAAAGAGCAUCGGCAACUGCGUCUACGACACAAAACUUAAACCAAGAAAUGCUUUCAACAAACGGGAAUACAAAUGGAAGAUUUUCACAUUAUGCAUGCUACAACAGCAGUUUGAGAGGUCAGACACCUCAGGUUAUGAACAGCCACAGAAUGGAUUUUAUGUAAUUUCUCAGUUAUUGUCAGGGCUGUAGCACAUGAAUCCAGUUUAAAUCUGUAUGGUGGGCCCACAGCUGGGGAAGGCUUAAAAUGCUGCAAGGCGUCUACAAAUCCUUCCGCAUCCCUGAAUCCAUCUCCAAAAAGAAGGGCAAGUUAAGUUCGUAACAGAAAUAAUCAAGUUUCAACUAAAAUCCUAAGAUAUAGUCUGCUGAGCUGUACUGAGAACCAAACUACCCAUUGUUCUGUUUUGCCCCAAUAAGAGUAGAUUAUUUUUCAUCUGCACAGUAGCAUCUAAUCAGGACACAGGACAAUGUUUUGACUAGGGUUUGCAUUUGAUUUUGGUGGUGUGGUUCUCAACCCUGUGAUGCUUUAGAGAACUAAUCUUUCAAACCCAGCCUGCCAGAGCUUCAGAUAUGCAACAUUUGAAUGAGCAUAAACACUUUAAAUGCACAAACUUUAGUCUAAAUAGUAACAUAUGUGACAGGUUAGAGAUGAAAAUUUACCUUUUGACUGACUGACACAUUUUCAGAAUUAUAAUUAAUAUAAAUUGUCCCUGUUACAUAAAUGAUUAAAUUCAACUAAGGUGGGGGGGUCUAAUUUGGUGUGUAGCAGCAAGGAUGGAGUGAUGACCAUUAGUGCAUGUAGAGAGACUUUUCACCAUAUGUUUCUAUGGGAUGACUAGAGGAAAGUUGUAGUCUCAUGACUGGAAGUCAUAGAACAUGUUCCUUUUACAUGACAGAGCAUCCAGCCUGAACCACUGCAAGGAUAAGUAACAGUAUAACUAAAGCCUUAGAGUAAAAAUAAAAGGGAAUAUUUCCACAGAGCUCUUUAAUUUGGGGUCAGAUUAGUACUCGUUUUUUUUUUUUAGUUAUAUUUUUGUGAUUGACCUGAAACUGCAUGGUAGGGGUGUUUGAACUUCAUACUAAAUCUACUGCCAAACUGCAGACUUGGAAAAAGCAAACUAACAAAAAAACUUUUGUUACAGCCCUGUCUAUAGCUUGAGUAUUAUAUUUACAAUAUUAUUUAAAGAUUACAUAUCAACAUAGAAGUUGAGUUUGUGGAAUUGGCUCAGAGUAUCAGAGUUGAGGAUAUGUAUUUGCGUAUUGAAUACUAACUUCUGUCAUGGGGAAAAAAACAGCUGAAAUGUCUCGCAUUCAUAAGAUUUGCAACAAUAUCCAGCCAAUGUCUAACACUGUUUAUUAACCUGGACUAGAGCUUUGUCUGUGCAUCUUUGCGCUGUUGGUUUUAUGAUUUUUAACUGAUGCAAUGCUAUAUUAACAGAUAAACUCACACGUGCUAAAGAAGAGGGCCUGAGCGUAAAACAGAUGCUGGAUCAGACUCUAAUGGAGAUGGUUAACAUUUGACCCAGCUCUGUUCCUCUCCCCACAUUGCCUCGUCUGCUCUGAAUAUGGCUGGCCAGCAUAUAUGGCUGCUGCAGAUGAUGUGGGGAGUUGUGUUUAUAUGUCUCCUCUGACCUUGUCGUCCUGAAGAAACAAGCUCUACACAAGGUAGCACAAACGGCUUUGGUGAGCUACAGUUAAAACUACACUGUUUCCGUUACACACUGUAAUCACAGGUCUGUUAAAAUUCACUGUAUAUCUUUAAUAGGUUUAUAUGUAUGUUUGGAGAAUUUGCACUUUUCGGGGGUGGGGUACUGCACAUAAUCAUCAUGAACAAAGCCAUAAGUUAAGCCAAGGCUUCAUAAAAGGGACUUUUAUUAUGUGUACUUUUUGUAAAGUUGCUUGUAUGUCUUUGUUUCUUCUGCAUUGCAAACAUUUAUUCAGUGUCAGUGAUGUUGUAUACUUCCAGUUUAGCAGGGAAGGAAUUCUUAGCACAGUUGCCUGAAUGUACUGUUUUGUUCUGGCUAAGUGAAAGAAAUGUCUGCACACUGUAUUCACUUUUUCUGUUAAUUCUGAGAAACUGAUUUGUUAGAUUUGUGUGUCUCCCAUUUUAUCUUGAAAAUGUAAAGAUCAUGAAUAAAUGCUUGAAGUAUAAUUUA